AUGGGUUUUCUGUUGUUUGUGUCCCUAGGUUUACUAUCGCUUGCGUCCAUUGGUAGUUAUCUGGCUCUUACUGGCAUUGGUACUCGGUGCAACCCUGUCAUUGGUUAUGUGGCUUUUCAUAUGAUUGGUAUUCGGUCCUUUGUGUCAAUUGGUUAUGUAGCUCAUGUUGCCAUUGAUGUUCGGUAUGUUGUGUCCAUUGGUUAUCUAACUGUUGUUGCGAUUGAUGUUCGGUCUGUUGUGUCCAUUGGUUGUCUGGCUGCUGUUGUCAUUUUUGUUCGGUAUGUUGCGUCCAUUGGUUCUUUGGCUUAUGUUGACAUUGGUUUUCGGUCGCUUGUGUCAGUUCAUCUUCUAUCGCUUUUGUCCCACUUCUUGAUGCCGCUAUACGUUUUUUACUUUUACUUUGGUUCUUUGGAACAAUUUCCUUACACGUCCUUGCAUUUAUGUAGUUUUUCAAGAAACCAUGUCCAAGAAUCUGUAGUCUCUUUUGAGUAA